AUAGUGGUAUACACAAGUUUUUAUGAGAGCAUAGAGGAGGGACAGUUUAAAUGCUUUUCCUAAAAUGAAUUGGAGAAUCUCAACAAUGUGACCAUUUCUCUGUCUCAAAGUUAAUACUUACAAGACAAAGGAAAAUAAAAAUGAAAAAUUUAAAUGAGGCUCUAAAGGAAAAUUGAAUACACACACACAAAUGGGUACAACUACUGAAAUCUGCUGGAGGCCACACGGUGGCGCUGCAGCCUAAAGAGACGAUUUGGGGACUGACCUGAGGAUGCUGUGUAAGUCACAGACCGAUGAACUUAGAAGCUGUAGCUGCCCAAGAUUGGGAAAAGAAAUGGACAAAUAAGACCCCUGUGCUACACGGCGUAAGGUGUAGGGUUUCCUACUGCUGUUCUUUUGCUGGGAGCUGUGGUCGUAACCAACCAGGAAAAACGUAUUCAGAAGCUAUGGCAGUCACAGUGCUGUGCUUUCCAAGACAAAGGCAAGUCCUGUUUUUUUAUGUUUUUUGGGGAGUGUCUUUGGCAGGUUCUGGGUUUAGACGUUAUUCGGUGGUGGAGGAAGCAGAGAGAGGAUCCUUUGUGGUCAAUCUGGCAAAGGAUCUGGAAAUAGCAGAGGGGGAGCUGGCUGCAAGGGGAACCAGGGUGGUUUCCGAUGAUAACAAACAAUAUCUGCUCCUGGAUUCACAGACUGGGAAUUUGCUCACAAAUGAGAAACUGGACCGAGAGAAGCUGUGUGGCUCCACAGAGCCCUGUAUACUGUAUUUCCAAAUUUUAAUGGAUGAUCCCUUUCAGAUUUACCGGGCUGAGCUGAGAGUUAGGGACAUAAAUGAUCACUCACCAGUAUUUCAGGAGAAAGAAACAGCCUUAAAAAUACCAGAAAAUACAGCUGAAGGGGCAGCAUUUCGACUAGAAAGAGCACAGGAUCCAGAUGGAGGACUUAACAGUAUCCAAAACUACACGAUCAGUCCCAACUCUUUUUUCCAUAUUAAAAUUAGUGGCAGUGAUGAAGGCAUGAUAUAUCCGGAGCUAGUGUUGGACAAAGCACUGGAUCGGGAAGAACAGGGAGAACUCAGCUUAACCCUCACAGCGCUGGAUGGUGGAUCUCCACCCAGGUCUGCGACCUCUACUGUAAACAUCUUGGUCUUGGACGUCAAUGACAAUGCCCCACAGUUUACAGAGGCGCUCUAUGAGACCCAGGCUCCAGAAAACAGCCCGGUAGGGUCCCUUAUUGUUAAGGUAUCGGCAGAAGAUGUAGACUCUGGGGUCUAUGGAGAAGUAGCCUAUUCGUUUUUUGAUGCCUCAGAAAAUAUUCGAACAACCUUUCAAAUCAAUCCUUUUUCUGGGGAAAUCUUUCUCAGAGAGUUGCUUGAUUAUGAGUCAGUAAAUUCUUACAAAUUAAAUAUACAGGCAAUAGACGGUGGUGGCCUUUCUGCAAGAUGUAGGGUUUUGGUGGAAGUACUGGACAUCAAUGACAAUCCCCCUGAACUCAUCAUGUCAUCAUUUUCCAACUAUAUUGCUGAGAACUCUCCUGAGACGGCACUUGCUGUUUUUAAGAUUAAAGACAGAGACUCUGGGGAAAAUGGAAAGAUGGUUUGCUACAUUCAAGAGAAUCUGCCAUUCCUACUAAAACCUUCCGUGGAGAAUUUUUACAUCCUAAUGACAGAAGGGGCGCUAGACAGAGAGAGUAGAGCCGAGUACAACAUCACCAUCACCGUCACGGACUUGGGGACACCCAGGCUGAAAACCCAGCACAACCUAACCGUGUGGGUCUCCGACGUCAACGACAACGCCCCUGCCUUCACUCAAACCUCCUACACCCUGUUCGUCCGCGAGAACAACAGCCCCGCCCUGCACAUCGGCAGCGUCAGCGCCACAGACAGAGACUCAGGCAGCAACGCCCAGGUCACCUACUCGCUGCUGCCGCCCCAGGACCCGCACCUGCCCCUCGCCUCCCUGGUCUCCAUCAACGCGGACAACGGACAGCUGUUCGCCCUCCGGGCGCUGGACUACGAGGCCCUGCAGGCGUUCGAGUUCCGCGUGGGCGCCACAGACCGCGGCUCCCCGGCGCUGAGCAGCGAGGCGCUGGUGCGCGUGCUGGUGCUGGACGCCAACGACAACUCGCCCUUCGUGCUGUACCCGCUGCAGAACGGCUCCGCGCCCUGCACCGAGCUGGUGCCCCGGGCGGCCGAGCCGGGCUACCUGGUGAGCAAGGUGGUGGCGGUGGACGGCGACUCGGGCCAGAACGCCUGGCUGUCGUUCCAGCUGCUCAAGGCCACGGAGCCCGGGCUGUUCGGCGUGUGGGCGCACAAUGGCGAGGUGCGCACCGCCAGGCUGCUGAGCGAGCGCGACGCGGCCAAGCACAGGCUGGUGGUGCUGGUCAAGGACAAUGGCGAGCCCCCGCGCUCGGCCACCGCCACGCUGCACGUGCUCCUGGUGGACGGCUUCUCCCAGCCCUACCUGCCGCUCCCGGAGGCGGCCCCGGCCCAGGCCCAGGCCGACUCGCUCACCGUCUACCUGGUGGUGGCGUUGGCCUCGGUGUCGUCGCUCUUCCUGUUCUCGGUGCUCCUGUUCGUGGCGGUGCGGCUGUGCAGGAGGAGCAGGGCGGCGUCGGUGGGUCGCUGCUCGGUGCCCGAGGGUCCCUUUCCAGGGCAUCUGGUGGACAUAAGUGGCACCGGGACCCUGUCCCAGAGCUAUAAAUAUGAGGUGUGUCUGUCGGGAGGCUCUGAGACCAGUGCGUUUAAGUUCUUGAAACCAAUUAUCCCGGAUAUUCAGGCACAGGGCCCCAGGAGGAAGGGUGAAGAAAAUUCCUCCUUCCCAAAUAGCUUUGGAUUUAAUAUUCAGUAAAGUCUGUUUAUAGUUUCAUGUACUUUUGGUGUGUUAUAUAACCAUAUUGCCAUGAGUUUACUUUUAAAUCUCAAAUUGAAGAUACUAUACUAUUUCAAGCAUUAUUUUAGAGUAGUGUAUCCCUGUGGUUUUACAAUGUUUUAUGAUAUUCUUCAUUAAUAACAGCUAGGUUUCAUUUAAUUAGUACUUGUUUCUAAAUAAUAGUGUUAAGAUUUUAAUUAUUUCAAACUACCUAAGCAAUUAAUUACUAUUAUAUCUCAUAAAAAUCGGAAGUUUUGAUUUAUUUCAGAUCUUGCACUUCAUGACCCUAAUCACUUCUGUCUAUAUAGUGUACUUGCUCUAUUUUAGAAGGCAUCUCUACAUUUUCAAAGUUACUCUAACAUUCUGUAUACUCGUAUUUGAAAACCAUGUCAUUUAUUUCUAAAUCACAACGUUUAAGAAGAAAUAUUUCUCUACUGCUAUGCUUAUGACACAAUGAAACAAAGCAUAUUGUGAGCAAUAUUGAACAUCAGUAAUAUCCAUAGCUAUAGUUAUUCUUUUAUCUUUUAAGCAUGCUACUUUCACUUGGCCAAUGUUUUCUUCUGUUAUCUUUUCUGAUGUAUAAAACAAACUAUGCCUUAUAAUUGAAACAAAAUUAUAAACUACAUGAAAAUGAAUACAAAUAAAAACAUUUUAAAAUUUG